CUUCAUAUCUCUGCUGCUUGGCUGGGCGCAGGAAUGAGCGCGGCAGUGGUGCACAGAGGAUUCCUCAGGAAAUAUGGGGGCUUCAUGUUCAAGCAAUGGAAGGAAAAGUACCUGGUGUUGACGGUGGAAGGAAAUCUGAUGGUGUGCCGAGAUGCAGACUCACCUCCGGACCAGGUGGUGGCGCUGCAGAGUAACUGUGAGUCCAUAGUGGAGGGUAAAGAAAUCUUGGACUUGCCCCGUUUGCCCUCUGGAGGCCGCAGAGACAGCUGCUUCGCCCUCAUCCUGCCCCAAGACAAGUUCCUCCUCCUACUGUCAGACAGUCCAGAUGAAUGCACUCAGUGGCUGAAGAUACUCAGGAAGGUGAAAGAGGGUGUGACUUCACCACUUGCCCUGAAGAGACAGCAGAGCAUCACACCAUGCAUCACGGACAGAGAGCCACUUCCAGACAUCUCUAGUGACAAAGACCCCUCAUCCCCCCGAGUCCGCUCCAGAGAAAACUCCUUCAGACACAGAGGCAGCAUAAACCAGCGACCUCCCCGCAGCCCCACUGUGGCUCCACCCCUUCGCUCCGCAGACUGUCUGCGCCACGGGAACAGCAGCGAUGCCCGGGCUGUGAGAGCGGUCUGUCUGCUGAUGGGUGGAGCAGCUGCAUCCUCAGCACUGGGAUACCUGAACUCCUGUCCACCCACCUCCUCUAACAUGGCCGUCCAUGCACCUGAAAUCACCCACUCCACAGCUUUCUCGGAGAUGGGGGGAGGCAGUUCUUACCACGCCUGCAGCCAAGCCAUAGAGUCGCCACACUUUAACAGCUUCGACUUUGAGGGAGACUCUGAUUUUGAUGCUUUUGACUGUGGAGGGUUUGCUUUUUAAUGGAAUUUACUUACAUUAUUCACAGGGUUCCCACAGUCAUGGAAAAGUUGGAAAUGGACAUUUAAAAAUUGUCAAUUUUUUGAUGGCAAACAACUGGAAAAGUCAUACACAUUCAUUGGUUAUAAGAUGUUGCAAUGCUGCAUACAAAGUUUGUUUGUCAAUCUCUUUUCAGUAGAAGACAGAAAACAGUUUGAAUUAGAACAUGUGAAAAUGCAACUGAUUAUAUUGGAAAAUGAAGCCUAUUUUUAGGACCAUUAUGAUUUUAUGCAUUUUGGUAUUAUCUUCAUGAGAAUUUAGCACAUUCCCCUUUAUACAAAACACUAUUU